AUGAAUAAGUACAAUGGUAAACCGUUGGCAGUUUUGAAAGAAGAAAUUGAAAAGGAGUAUACUAAAACGCGCGAAGAAUUUUAUGAGGCAAGACAGUUAGAAAAUAAGGCACUUGUGCGUGAAAGCAGCACAAAAGUACAAGCUUUACUGCUUCAGUGCGAUAAAAGUGUCAAGGAAAUUCGUGCUAAUUUUAGGGGAGAUCCAUAUCCUUCUUUUGAAAAUUUGCCAGUAACGAAAGUAAAAAGCAACACUAAUAAUGCAAGUCACUCAAAAGCUCCAGCGAAAGGAAGGCCGCCUUCGCUUAAGAUUGAUUUAAAUGUUCAGGAUUACUUAUCAACUACUCAUCGUAAAAAGCGUUCGGAUAAACGUCUGGCUAUAAGCAUUCCAAUUCAAAGUGAAAUUCCGAAAUAUGCAUUAUGGACUCCAAUUACAAGAAGUUCAAAGACAGAAGAUGAUCCUGUAUUGAGACAUCUCUACUAUUUUGGAGAAGACAGUGAAGACGAUGAUGACGUUGAUUAUUUUGAUGUUUAUGAAGAAAGCAUAGUAGGCAAAAAUGCAUAUGAUCUGGAAGGAGAGCAAAUUGCUAUAAAGACCAUGCAUUACAUUUUCAGGCAGAAUCAUAUUCCAAUAGCACUUAUAGAAAAAUCUAUAGCUAAAUUAGAAGGUCCAAAAUCGAGCAAAACAUCUACUGCACCUUUAACGACCUCAAGGAUUGCACGAUUGCCGGUAAUAGAAAACAGGGCUAGUCCUGCCGAUAACAACGAUGAGAAUAUGGAUGUUUCAUUUAUUGAGGUUACUCUUAAAGUGCUUGCAAAAUUUCUGAAAGGAAAAGAUAUCAAGAAGAUGAAGUACUUUGAAAUAUCUCUUCUGUUAAGUCUUCAAAUCAGGUCAGGUGGUCCCAUAAUUUCGGAUAUGUUGAUGCAUUCUUAUUCGAGUCUUUGGUGUCGUAGAUGUUACGUGUAUGAUUGUAAACUUCAUGGCACCGAUUUUAGACCAUCUGGAAACAAAAAACGCCCACGUCCUCCUAUCAGUAAAACCAAACCAUGUGGAUCGAAUUGCUAUCUUCAUUUCAAAGAAGACAGUCAAGAUGCAUAUACGGCAGACAGUUGGGAUGAUGUUGAAAUUGCACUAUUUGAGAAGGCCGGAUAUCUUAUGGGGAUUAAGAAUUAUUGCAGUGUAGCAACAAUAGUGAUGACUAAAACUUGUGAACAG